GGAGGAGGAGCCUCCAGUGAAAGUGAAAGUGUUCAGACUCGUUCUAACAAGGAGCAGACGUGAGGUCUGAGGCUGGUGAGUGUUCAGCAACAUUUAUAUUAUUUAUUGUGUUUAAUAACUCAACGUGUUUUAACAAUCACACGUUACAGCAGUGGUCAUCAACCAGUCCAGAGUCUUCACUGUGGAUCCCAGUAAAGCUCUGGAAUCACUGGCUGAGGUGUGAGGAACAUCGACCUGCAGAGCCAGAUAAACAUUGAAACUGGUGUGAAAGAUCAUUUCACUGUGUUCUGCUGUAAACUGAGCGCAGAACCAGAAGGAGAUAGAACAGACCUUGAAUAUCUAGAAGAGCAGCGUGGCCUGAGCCACUACUGAGCCGCAGCCGGUGCAACAUGGACGAGGACACUUCAGAGCAAGUUGGACCCUCAACCACAAAAGGUCAGGACCACAGACUGAGAGCAGAGUCUCCAGGGUCCAGCUGUCUGUCUCUGAAGAGUGACUGGUCCAUGAUGACUCCUCUAAACUUCAGUAAAGAACCUGGACCCUCACCCACAGAAGGUCAGGACCACAGACUGAGAGCAGAGUCUCCAGGGUCCAGCUGUCUGUCUCUGAAGAGUGACUGGUCCAUGAUGACUCCUCUAAACUUCAGUAAAGAACCUGGACCCUCACACACAGAGGAGAGGAAGAGGAGUCAUGUUUCUGAGGAGGAGCAGUCGUCCUGCUGUGCUUCGUGUCAGGACGUCCUGAAGGAUCCAGUCUCCACCAGCUGUGGACACUGGUUCUGCAGACAGUGCAUCACCUCAUACUGGGACCAGUCUGGUUCUUCAGGAGACUCCUCCUGUCCCCAGUGUGGAAAAAGAUCCAGAAGAGGAGCUGGAGAUCGUGGUCUUCAGGAGGUUUCAGAUGAACAUAAGCUCAGUGUGAGGAGGAGAUGUGAACAUGUGACUGAAGGAAGUGAUGAAACAGGAAGUAGAACCCUCCUCAACAGGAUCUACACUGAGCUCUACAUCACAGAGGGACAGAGUGAAGAGGUUAAUACUCAACAUGAGGUGAGGCAGCUUGAGACGGCUUCCAAGAUGAAGAUCCUCCAGGACACUCCCAUCAAGGUCCAGGACAUCUUCAAAGCCUCCACUGACCAGCAGAGCAGCAUCAGAGUCGUCCUGACCAACGGCGUCGCUGGCGUUGGAAAAACCUUCUCGGUGCAGAAGUUCACUCUGGACUGGGCAGAGGGUUUAGAGAACCAGGAUGUGGGUCUGCUGGCUGUGCUUUCGUUCAGGGAGCUGAACCUGGUGAAGGACCAGCACAGUCUUCUCACGCUGCUCCAUGUUUUCCAUCCAGCGUUACAGAAGCUCACGGCAGAGACGCUCGCUGUCUGUAAACCUUUGUUCAUCUUUGACGGCCUGGAUGAGAGCAGACCUUCUCUGGACUUCAACCACAGGGAGCUUGUGUCUGAGGUCACACAGAGGUCAUCAGUCAACGUGCUGCUGACAAACCUCAUCCGGGGGAAUCUGCUUCCCUCGGCUCUCGUCUGGAUAACCUCCAGACCUGCGGCGGCCAAUCAGAUCCCUCCUGCAUGUGUUGACAGGGUCACAGAAGUACGAGGCUUCACUGAGGCCCAGAAGGAGGAGUACUUCAGGAGGAGAUUCAGUGAUGAAGAGCUGUGCAGCAGAAUCAUCUCACACAUCAAGACGUCCAGGAGCCUCCACAUCAUGUGUCAAAUCCCAGUCUUCUGCUGGAUCAGUGCUACAGUUCUGGAGCACAUGUUGACCACAGACCAGAGAGGAGAGCUGCCCAAGACCCUGACUGACCUGUACUCACACUUCCUGCUGGUUCAGACAAAGAGGAAGAACAACAAGUACGGUGAGGGACAUGAGACAAGUCCACAGCAGCUGGCGGAGGCUGACAGGAAUGUUCUCCUGAAGCUGGGGAGGCUGGCACUCAAACAUCUGGAAGAAGGAAACAUCAUGUUCUACCAAGAAGACCUGGAGCGGUGUGGUCUUAAUGUCACAGAGGCCUCGGUGUACUCAGGAGUUUGUACUGAGAUCUUCAGAAGAGAGUGUGUGAUCUUCCAGAAAUCAGUCUACUGCUUUGUUCAUCUGAGCGUUCAGGAGUUUCUGGCUGCAGUCUACAUGUUCCACUGUUACACCAAGAGGAACAGAGAAGAACUCAACAACUUCUUGGGAACAGAUGGGUUCACAGACAGUACCUUCUCCCUGGAUGACUUCCUGAAGAGAACCAUGGAGAAAUCCCUCACCAGUACAAAUGGUCAUCUGGACCUGUUUGUUCGCUUCCUUCACGGCCUCAGUCUGGAGUCCAACCAGAGAGUCUUAGGAGACCUGCUGGGUCGGAGAGAGAACAAUCCAGAGAUCAUCCAGAGAGUCUUAGGAGACCUGCUGGGUCGGACAGGGAACAAUCCAGAUAUCAUCCAGAGAGUCUUAGGAGGCCUGCUGGGUCGGAGAGGGAACAAUUCAAAUAUCAUCCAGAGAGUCUCAGGAUGGCUGCUGGGUCAGAGAGAGAACAAUCCAGAGAUCAUCCAGAGAGUCAUCAACAACCUGAAGAAGAUGAAGAGUGAUCACAUUUCUCCUGACAGAAGCAUCAACAUCUUCCACUGUCUGACUGAGAUGAACGACCACUCAGUUCAUCAGCAGAUGAAACAGUUCCUGACGUCAGAGAACAGAUCGAAGGAACUCUCUGAGAUCCACUGCUCAGCUCUGGCCUACAUGCUGCAGAUGUCAGAGGAGGUUCUGGAUGAGUUGGACCUGAAGAAGUUCAACACAUCAUUCCAGGGUCGACGGAGACUGAUCCCAGCUGUGAGGAACUGCAGGAAGGCUCGACUCAGUGGUUGUGGACUCUCAGAGACUCACUGGGAAGUCGUGGCCUCAGCUCUGAAGUCAGACCCCUCACAUCUGAGAGAACUGGAUCUGAGCUUCAACAACAAGCUGCAGGACUCAGCAGUGAAGCUGCUGUGUUCUGGACUGGAGAGUCCAAACUGUCGACUGGAGACUCUGAGGUUGGAGGGCUGCAGUCUGACAGAGAUCAGCUGUUCUUCUCUGGCUUCAGCUCUGAGGUCAAACCCCUCUCAUCUGAGAGAACUGGAUCUGAGCUUCAACUACAUCCUGCAGGACUCAACAGUGAAGGAGCUGUGUGGUUUUCUACAGAGUCCAAGCUGUCGACUGGAGACUCUGAGGUUGACUCACUGCAGACUGACAGAGAUCAGCUGUUCUUCUCUGGCUUCAGCUCUGAGGUCAAACCCCUCUCAUCUGAGAGAACUGGAUCUGAGAAACAACAACCUGAAGGCCUCAGCAGUGAAGGAGCUGCUUGAUCUAAAGCAGAGUCCAACGUGUCGACUGGAGACUCUGAGGUGGAAGUGGAGAUCUUGGUGGAUCUGAGUGUGAAGAGGACAGUGUGAAGAGGACAGUGUGUGUGGACGGAGGCUGAGCUGUGUCCUGAGGAUCCAGAGGCUGAAGCAGCAGCAGCUUGUGUGUAGUCUCCAAUCUACACAACCCCUAAUCUGCAUGUGUUUGUGAGAUGAAGCCGGAGUACCUGGAGAAAACACGGGGAGAACAUGCAGACUCCACACAGGAAGACCCCAUCUGAACCGGAUUCAAACCAGCAACCUUCCUGCCCCGAUUGUGUUUAUUCACAUGAAGAAUGUGUUUCUUGAAAUGACACAACACAAGCAGAAUAUAUAAACCCUCUAUAAAGAGUCACAUACAGUGUGUUUAAGUUUGUCUUUAUUAUUGUCCACCUUUGUCCCUCAGUGUGUCUCCAUGUGUGUAGAACCACAUUCUGUGUAUAUGUUUGUUUAUGAUCUUAAAGUUCCUGGAUUCACGUCACAAAUUGAUUUAGUUCAACACAAAGUUCAACACAUUGAAAUCACUUUGAGUUUAAAAUCAGAGUUUUGUCUUUGACACAAAAGAUCAAAACUCUGGACUUAAAAAUGGGACGUUUUCAUUUCUGCAUCAGGUGCAGAGCGGUGGUGGCUUUUCUACUUUUGACCCACAGGUGGCGCUGCAGUAUAACAGCAGCACAUCCCAGUCAAAGCCUUUAUAUUCAGUCUAUGAGUCAAACACAUGGAUCAUUUCCUCUGUGACAAACCAGAUGUAACGAGAAGAAAAACAUCUCAGAGAGAAAAGUUCUGUUUCUACUUGUCUCUGCUUUAAUGCUCAAUAAACAUCCUUCCACCGAC